CUUCUCAGCUCAUAUCAAUAUCAUGUUAAAUCUACCAUCGAUGCAAAAUCAAGCUUCUAUCAACCAGAUCAAGCGACUACAUGACGUCACCAUCGAGUGCCUGAACGCAGUCAAAAAUCUAGGAAUCGACACUGCCACUUGGGACCCAUUACUAGUCCACAUUUUGUCACAAAAGCUAGAUGCGAGUACAAAUGAGGCAUACAUCGAUUCUCUCCAAAAACCGUUUGAGUUACCCACCCUUGCGGAAUUUUUAUCAUUUCUGGAAGGCAAAUUCAGGAAAAUGGAGUCAGCCUCCGGAAAAACUAAAAUCGAGGAAAAUAUCACCCCACAAAAAUCUAAAAUAUCAUUUAUCAAGCCGAAAAAUUUAAACAAAAAUUACCAGCAAUCAUUUACGUCAUUGAAUAAAAGUAGCGCACGUCCGGUCUACAAUAAAAACAACAACUUCGCAAAAAGAUGCCCGAUUUGCGACACAUUCGAACACGCGUUAUUCUAUUGCCCUCAAUUCUUAGAAAUGGAAAACAAAUCAAAAUUAAACAUCAUCAAUAAGCAUGACUUAUGCAAAAACUGUCUGUAUUGUCACUUUGGAAAGCCGUGUAUAUCAGAAAAACGCUGUCAAAAAUGCAAUUCAGAUCAUAACACCAUCUUACAUGACGCAUUUUCGCAAGGCCAUCAAUAUGGCCAAACAGCAUCGCGACCGACAUCAUCGAACAUCAAGUUUGAGCCAAAUAGGAAUAAAAAUACUCACGUGUCACUACAACGUGACGUUCCACCCGAAGUACUGUUGGCCACAGCUAUGCUAAAAGUAAAAUCAGCGGAUGGUACAUAUCAUACAUUAAGGGCACUUAUAGAUCAAGGAUCACAAACAUCUUUAAUCACAGAAAAGGCAGCGCAGGCAUUGAGACUAUCGAGAAGCAAAUUCCACGGUAUCAUAUCAGGAGUAGGUACUAAGGAAAGUACUUGUAAAGUUAUCACCAAAAUCUGUUGCUCAUCAAUGGACAACAAUUAUCAAUUCGAGACCGAGCAAGUAUUCAUGUCACAGAUUGGAUGGGACGAUCAACUACCAAAAGAUUUAACCACAGAAUGGAUGGUGCUUAGAGAGGACAUCAUAAAUAUCAACUAUUAUAAAAUACAACGAUGGCUUGGCACUGUUAACGGCGACGAGAUUGAGUUGCACGGCUUCUGCGACGCGUCUCUGAAAGCUUAUGCGUGCGUCAUCUACUGUAAAAUCAAGAGAGGAGACCAUGUAUCAAUCAACCAACCCCUGCCGCUGCCCCUCGCGCUGCAGGGAAUAAUUCCCUAA